UUUUGGGGCGGAAGAUUAUUUGCCCUCGAAACUGUCAAAGCAAAGUGUUGAAUGAAUGAGGUUAAAACCUCGACUUGUUUGCUAUUGUGCGUUUAAAAGGGUUGACUUGUCGGAAAUAAUUUUCAACAACAUAAAUUGUUGUCAUUGGCAAAACUGGACAUCAUGGCAGAGAUAGCUGACCUUAAAAUUGGCAGUUCAGAUUUCAAUCCUGACAAAUAUGUACGAGAGCUCUCUCAACGAUGUGUGGGUGGACAAGAGUUGCAGCAGCAGUAUCAGAAGAUCCAGGGACUUGGCGAGGACACUAGCGCACAAUUGAAACGGAAUGUGUACCAAAAUUAUACGCAGUUUAUUGAGACGGCAAAAGAAAUUUCCCAUCUUGAAAGUGAAAUGUAUCAAUUGUCACAUUUACUGACUGAACAGCGAUCAUUGCUAGCAGCUCUAGCUAGCACAUCACUUCUUGGUAGUACAAAUUCUAGUGCAGCAACUGGAGCGGAAAGUACAACAGAUGUCGCCACCCAGCCUGAUGAGCAGCUCCAGAGGGAUGAGGAAGAACGCAGGAGGAAGUUGACCGCAGCCCUAGAAAAAGUAGAAGGUUGUGUGGAUUUAAUUGAGUCUCCAGCAAGAUGUGUUCUUCAUGAAGGAGAUCUCUUGGAGUUAGAGCCAACUGAGGGGACAGCAAUGCAGCGCAUGCAUGCUUUCCUCUUCAAUGAUGGCCUACUUUUAGCUCCUUGGAUUCCAAAUAGGCGGGGUCCAGCUCGGUACAAAUUCCAAACCUUAAUCGAACUUGGUAGCUUUGCUGCUGUCAAUGUCCGUGAUAUGGGCAGUGUAAAAACUGCAUUUAAGCUCUUGGCUUUCCCUGAUACUCGCCUCUUUCAAUGCACAAGCAACCAAAGCAAGAAAGAAUGGCUGGAAAAAUUUGAAGCUGCUAAAAAGUCUGCAUUAGCUCAGGAACAGCCUAAGCGCCAAGAGUCUGUGGCAACUUCUGAAACUUCUCCCAUUCGGAGUUCAAGUGUGGACUCAUCUUCAGGAGCCAACCCAUUUGAAGACAAUGCUCCUCUUUCUCCCGAAGUACCAGAACUGCCGGAGUGGCUGUUGGAGCUCCCAGAGGACCUUGAUGUUUGCAUAGCUCAAAGGCACUUUGAAGAUGCCUUUUCAUUGCUUCAAAAGGCAAAUCAAUUUUCUUACCCUUUAAAUAAGGAUCCUCAACUUAUUGAAAUAAGGCGUAAGGUGGAAGGGCGUGCUCGUGCAUUGAUAGAGGUGUUAAUGAAAGAACUGGAGGUAUCCCCAGACAAAUCUCUCCAAGGUGGUCUGAGGGCUGCUCGACGAGCCGUUCGUUUACUCAAUCAAUUGGGACGAUCUUCUCAGGCCUGUGAGCUCUUUCUAAAGCUCUGUAGCAGUAUAUUGAAGGCACAGCUAAGACGUGUGAAGCGAGAAGGUGCAACAGUGGUCUAUGUAAAGCAUCUUGGAGGAAUAUUUUUUUCCAAUAUGAUGGAUAUGGCUAGGGAAUUUCUAAGAGCCUUUCCAAACUCUCCCAGCUGUGCAUCAGCUCUUGUUGUAUGGGCUGGCUCAGAAUUGACCCACCUCACCAGCCACCUGGUGAAGCAAGUUUUCAUGCCUCAGUCACCUAUUUCUACACUGUCUGAAUGUGUUGUUUCGAUUAGAGGCCAAUGUGACCAACUUUGUGAGCUUGGCAUUGAUCUGCGGUAUCAAUUAGAUGGAUUGCUACGAUCACCCCUUCAAAGGGCCUUAAAUGAUUCUCGUGACAAAGCUGUAGAAGCUGUGAAAUUACGAGCCUCUGAGGACAAGUGGCGUCCCACAAAUCUUGGUAGCAAAGAUGCUUUAACAAAGUUUGUUAUGGAAACCGGUUUAACACCUGGUCAUAUGCAAAAAUAUGUGCAAGGAGAGAGCUGGAUUGCACUUUCUGCUAGCACUGUGGCCUUUACAAAACAAUAUUUGUCUCUUCUUGAAGACUGUUUAAGACUCUGUACAACAGAGCUAGCUCACACUGUUGAUCAAGUUCUAACAGAUGUUUAUAGUGCUCAACUUUCACAUUUUGAAGGAAGCCUCCAAAAUGAUAAGAUUGGAUCAUCUGAAAAACAAUUUAUCCAGAAAAAUGCCGCUUUUUUACUAAAUGAGCUUUUGCCUUUGGUUACUAAAACAUACCAAGAGAGAUUGGGUAACUCUUGCCAAUCCCUUGAUGCACUCAAUGGCAAAUUCGCAUGGUUGAAACCAUCGGAUGGUGAUGGAGAUCCCUCUCCUCCAACCCCAACAAAGCGGCCUACCCCUCUGCCAAGAACCACAGCACCUCGGCCAGCCGCGACCAAGUAUUCUACUGUUACUGAGUACAUUUAAGUAAAAUUUUAUCUUGAUUGUUUUAUUGUAUAGUUUAUUCUCAAAAGAUAAAGUGCUAUCCUGGAAUCAAACAAGGCCAAGUAUACUGUUGAUCUGUUUGAAAAUCCCAUUCAGCAACCAUGUGGGAAUCAUUGAAGUUUAGUUUUAAAUGCCUUGUUGUGUAUCUGUGAUUUUCAUGAUGAAUUUGACUCAUAAAUAUCAUAUGUGUUGCUCUGUUAUAAUGUAUAUAUAAUAUAUCAUUUUUCUGGAAUAUGUAUGUAUCAUUGUUAGCUUAAAAAUAAAUUUGUUGUAACAUAACUUCAAA